GUGUUGCAGACUAUAAAUCCUCACUCUGGAGAGUGUGGACAUCUAUUGGUUUUUAAUCAAUCCAGUUGAGGUAGUUCCGGAAAUUCCUAAAAUCACUCUGAAAGACUUUCUGCUGCUUCUGCUAUUCAUAAAUAGAAGGAUUAAGUAAGAAGGCUUGAAGGGUAUACCAUACCAUAUCAAUCCUAUAUUUGCACACACAACUUCCCCUGUGCUAUCUAAUGACUUCAAUAACUCAAUUCCUAAAGAACAUUUAUUGUCAAGUUUUAAUGAUAAGUUGUGCUAAGAGCUUCUAACUAUCCAGAUUCAUCUUGGAGUAUGUUACCGGUGCUCCCCUGAGUACUCAGUUUUCAUUUAAAUUAUGGGGUCUUAUUGUAGAAUUUCUUUCUGAGCAGUUCAGUAGAGCAUACUAAUAAUUCAUUUCACAUAGUCGUGGAAGUGUUGAUGGUUUUGUGGGAGAUGUGAUGAUAUUACAUCUUAUGCAUAGCCAAGCACUUCUAUAAUCUAAAUCUAUCAAUGUCUAGGUGUGUUUCAGCUUAAAACAACCUUCUAUGUGGAUUAUUAGUGUGCCCUACUGAACUGCUCAGAAAGAAAUUCUACAAUAAGAUCCCAUAAUUUAAAUAAAAACUAAGUAUCCAGGGGAGCACCGGUAACAUACUCCAAGAUGAAUCUGGACAGUUAGAAGCUCUGAGCACAACUUAUCAUUAAAAACUCUGGCAUGCGAAUUUUUAAUAAUAGUAUGCUCAAAACAACCGUCUAUUAAUCUGUAAUUGCAGAAAGUUUGCCUUAGCUACCGUUGUGCUGACAUGGACCGCGAAAUCCCUGCUCUUAUGGGUGUCUCUAAAGCCAUUCUUGAGAAUGUUAUAUUUGUACACCAAGAUGAGGCCAAUUGGCCAUUGCAAGAUUCUUCGACGUUGAAGAAGAAAUUUGAUGACAUUUUCUCAGCUACAAGAUAUACAAAGGCCUUGGAGAUUAUCAAAAAGCUUCACAAGGAUCAGGCUCAGGAGAUUAAGCUUUCUCAGAAGGAUUUAGAGAAGCUUCAACUCUUGAAAGAUGCUGCAUACAAGCUUCGACAAAGCAUCUCUCAAGAUCAAGAAGAAUCAGAAAGACUAGGUGGUAAAAUGCAGGAACUAGAGCAAAAUGUCCAAGAUGUAGAUACCAAAAUUCGUCAAACCGAGGCUGCACUGAAGGAAUUGCGUAAGCUUCACGACCAGGUUGCCACCAAGACAGCCGAAAGAAGCACUUUGUUUCAAGAGCAAGAAAAGCGUUAUAGAGAUCUAGAAGAAGAGAAUGAUGAUCCUGAUGAAGAUUUAAGGGAAUGGAAUGCCAAGUUCAGCGAAAGGAUAGCAGUUCUUGAAGAUAAAAUUAACAAGUCGAAGAGGGAAGUUGAAGACAUAGAGACGAAAAGCUCUCUCUCUCAGCAACAAAUCAAUGAUUACAUUGGGAAAGUCAGCAAGCUUCAGGCUGAAGCUGAAAGUUAUAUGUCCUUGAAGAAGGAGAGAGACAUGACAAUCCAAGAGCUUUACAAGCAACACAAUUUGGGGUCUCUUCCAAAUGCUCCUUUCAGCAACGAAGUUGCUUCAAAUCACAUAAGUCGCAUAAAUUCAAGAUUGAAGGAUCUUGAUCGCGACCUAGAUGAGAAAAAGAAAUCCAUGGAUGAAGAACUUAAGGUGGCAUGGGAUCUCUACAGUGAUUCAAGCGAUCGAUGUAAAAACGUGGAGGCUCAAAAGCGUGCUAAAUCAGAGAUAAAGCGUGGCAAAACAGAGCGGAAGAAAGAAAAAGAAAACGAGCGUGAUGAAUUGGAGCUUGAAAUUUCUGGUGACAAUGUGCGUCAGAUUGAUCAAAAAGAAAGGAGCCUGAGUAUCGAGGUUGAAAGAUUGAGUAAGCAGCUUGCUGAAGGAGAGUUCGAUACUAAAAUACAGGCAAAGUCAACUGAGGUAGAAACUCUUGCAAAUAAAAUUAAAGCUCUUGGUCGUGAGAAAGACAUAAUGGCUGAAGAUUCCGAGGAGAGAAUUCUGCUAUCUAUAAAGAAAGAGGAGCUGGAAAGCCACAAGAAAAAACACAAAAAAAUAAUAGAUGAAUACAAGAGUAAAAUUAGAGGAGUCCUGAAGGGGAGGCUGCCUCUAGACAAAGACCUGAAGAAAGAAGUCACUCAGGCUCUAAGGGCGCUUACAAUCGAAUAUGAUGAUUUGAAUUCGAAGUCCCGUGAAGCUGACAAAGAUGUCAAUGCAAUGCAACUAAAAAUACAAGAAGUCAAUAAUAACUUGGCGAAGCAUCACAAGGAUAAGGACUCUAGGAGGAGAGUUAUCGAGUCAAAGCUUCAAACCCUGGAUCAGCAGUCUGGCAGCAUUGAAUUGUAUAUCAAAGUCUUGGGCGUGGCUAAAGAAAAAAGGGAUGUCCACAAAAGCAAGUACAAUAUUGCUGAUGGUAUGCGGCAAAUGUUUGAUCCUUUUGAAAGAGUUGCUCGUGCACACCAUAUAUGCCCUUGCUGUGAGCGUCCUUUCUCUGCUGAAGAAGAAGAUGAAUUUGUUAAAAAGCAAAGAGUCAAAGCUUCAAGUUCUGCAGAGCGUAUGAAAUCAUUGGCUGUGGAAUCUUCAGAAGCAGAAUCGAAUUUCCAACAACUGGAAAAGCUUCAUCUAAUGUAUGAAGAAUAUAACAAGAUUUGCAAAGAAACAAUCCCCCUUGCAGAGAAGAACUUGAUUGAGCUGAAAGCGGAGCUGGAACAAAAAACUCAAGCUCUUGAUGAUGUCUUGGGUGUUUUAGCUCAGAUAAGUUCUGACAAGGAGUUAGUUGAAUCCUUGGUGCAACCUGUAGAGACAUGUGACAGACUUCUUGGUGAAAUGCAAAAGCUGCAGCAGGUUGUGGAUGAUUUGGAGUAUAGACUUGAUUUCCGUGGGGUAGGUGUGAAGUCCAUGGAAGAAAUGCAGCGUGAGCUUCAUACUGCACAGAAUACAAAGGAAAACUUGGAAAGAGAAUUGGAAAAAUUCCGAGAGGAAAGAAGGGAAGUGGAGCUUGACCUACAAAGGGCUUCUUCAAGAUGGCUUACUGAGCGAGAAAAAAAGGUGAAAGUGGAGAACGCGUUGAAGAAUCUUAAGAAGGUGGAAGACGAGCUUGAUCAAUUGGCUGAGGAGAUGAAUCAACUUGACAUUGAGAUGAAGCAUUUAGACGAGGAUGUUGGUCUUUUAUCCAAGGAGGUGGAGAAAUACAAAAGUGCACAUGAAAAUAUGAAAAAUAAACACAACGAAGAGUAUGAGGAACGGGCUGAACUGAAAAGAAAGUAUCAUCAGGGUGUUGACAUGCUUAAUAAAUUGAUCUCUAAGAUUGAAUGGUAUGAAAAAGAGAAUAUCCUCGAGAAACUGAAGGACCUGGAAGAAAAACAGUCUCUAGAAAAAUCUAAGCUCAUAAGUAACAAUAAUAAGAAGCAGGAACUCUUGGCUGAAGUGAACAAAACCGCAGAUGUGGUUCGUAACCAAGAUAAACUAAGACGUGAUAUCGAGGACAACUUGAGGUACAGGGAGAUAAAAGCAAAAGUAGAUGGAUGCACUCUUGAGAUUGAAUCCCUAGAAGAAAGAAUACUGGGCAUGGGCGGCAUUUCUGCUUCUGAAGCUGACCUUGGGAAACUUAGUAAAGAAAGGGAGAGACUUCUUUCUGAGCUAAACAAGUACCACGGUACUGUGUCUGUAUAUCAGAGGGCUAUAUCGAAGAAUAAAAUUGAUCUGAAAAAUCCUGAAUACAAGGAGAUUGACAAACGGUAUUUUGAUCAGCUACUCAAGCUCAAGACGACUGAGAUGGCUAACAAGGACCUGAAUAAAUAUUACAAUGCACUUGAUAAGGCACUAAUGCGCUUUCACUCGAUGAAAAUGGAAGAAAUAAAUAAGAUUAUAAGAGAAUUAUGGCAGCAAACGUACAGAGGGCAGGAUAUAGAUUACAUUAGUAUUCAUUCAGAUGCUGAAGGUGGUGGUACACGGUCUUACAGCUACAAGGUUGUCAUGCAAACCGGGGAUGCGGAGCUUGAAAUGCGAGGAAGGUGCAGCGCAGGUCAAAAGGUGCUUGCUUCACUUAUCAUAAGAUUGGCGUUAGCGGAAACCUUUUGCCUCAAUUGUGGAAUACUUGCACUCGAUGAACCAACCACCAAUCUAGAUGUUCCAAAUGCCGAAAGUCUUGCUGCAGCUCUUUUAAGAAUAAUGGAGGAUAGGAAAGGGCAGGAGAACUUUCAGCUGAUAGUAAUCACUCACGAUGAGCGAUUCGCUCAACUUAUUGGUCAACGCCAACAUGCAGAAAAAUAUUAUCGGGUUGCAAAAGAUGACCACCAACAUAGUAUUAUUGAAGCCCAGGAGAUUUUUGAUUGAAAUGGUGCCAUUCUCUUCAUAACCAUGAUUUCUGCUCAUCAUUUUAGGGGAAGGUGAGCCACUCUGGUCUGGUCUAUUUGUAUUUUCUUGAUUUUGGGCAGUUGGUUAUGUUAUAAAAAGUUAAUUUUUUUAACCCAAACUAUGAAUCUUGGUUUUAACAUUUGAUGUGCUGUUUUUCUGAAUCACUACAUUCCAAAUUCUGGUCAUAUUUAAUAACUCAUUUUCAGCCUAAAAAACUAAAUCUUGUGAGUCACUUGUUCUUGCUAAUUUAAGAGCAUCUCCAUAGAUUCUUUAAAAUGGAGAUUUUGAGA